AUGGAGCCCCAACUGGGCUGGCCGGCCCUGCUGCUCCAGGUCUCAGUCCUGAGCUGUUCUGUGUCUUCACCGGCUUCUCCCUCUCCUUCUCUGGUGCCCCAAGUCAGAACCAGCUACAGUUAUGGAAGGACUUUCCUCGGUCUUGAUAAAUGUAAUGCCUGCAUCGGGACGUCUAUUUGCAAGAAGUUCUUUAAAGAAGAAAUAAGGUUUGACAACUGGCUGGCUUCCCACCUCCGGCUACCUCCCGACCACUUGCCUACAUACCCUGCAAAUUACUCAGAUGAUUCCAAAACCUGGCGCCCAGUGGAGAUCUCGAGGCUGGUCAGCAAACACCAAGACGAGAUCUCAGACAGGAGAAUCUGUGCCUCAGCCGCCCCAAAGACCUGCAGCAUAGAGCGUGUCCUGCGGAAGACCGGGAGGUUCCAGAAAUGGCUGCAGGCCAAGCGCCUCACCCCGGACCUGGUGCAGGGCCUGCCAAGUCCCCUCCUGCGUUGCCCGUCACAGAGACUCCUUGACCGUGUGGUCCGGCGCUAUGCUGAGGUGGCCGAUGCUGGCAGCAUCUUCAUGGACCACUUCACAGACCGUGACAAACUGCGUCUGCUCUACACGCUGGCCGUCAAUGCGCAUCCCAUCCUCCUACAGAUCUUCCCUGGCGCUGAGGGAUGGCCCCUGCCCAAGUACCUGGGCUCCUGUGGUAGGUUCCUGGUCAGCAUCGGCACCAGCCCGCUGCAGGAGUUCUAUGGUGCACCCCCAGACCAGGCAGCUGACCUGGCCUACCAGCUCCUUGGCGUGCUGGAGUCCCUGAGGAGCAACGACUUGAACUACUUUUUCUACUUCACCCACGUGGAUGCAGGCAUGUUUGGCAUCUUUAACAACGGGCAUCUGUUCAUCCGAGAUGCCAGCGCACUGGGUGUCAUCGACAAGCAGGAAGGCAGCCUAGCAGCCGCCAGGGGAGGAGAGAAUAAAGACAUCUUCAGCUGCCUGGUUUCUGACUGUCAGGCCAAGCUGCCCUCCUGUGACACCAUCCCUGAGAAACAGAGCCUGGUGCUGGUGUGUCGUCAGGUGCUGCCUCAACUUCUCCAGGGGAAGUUUCCAUCCCUGGUGCAGGAGGAGAUUGAUGCCACGCUCACUCAGUGUGGAGAAGGCACCCGCCCUGACCCCGAAGUCCUCGGGGCUGCCAGCCGACUGAAGGACAUCUUGAGGCCCCUGAGAACCUGUGACCCCAGAUUUGCCUACCGCUACCCAGACUGCAAAUAUAAUGAUAAGUUUUGAGGGUGCUGGAGUUUAGCUGGCCUCCAGGGACAACAUCCUUGGCCCUCCUCUUCUGAGUCAAGUUGCUGCAACAUUGAAAGAAGCAUCUGUAUUUUAGACAUUUAUUCAUUCCUAGGGACUGAGGAGCACUCCUGUUCCAACAUGCAGCCAUGCCAAUUGCACCCCCCCCCCCGACACACUGGGACUUCAUGGAAGAUCCCCGGGGCAUGCUUGGCAAACCUGAGUGGGAACACUCACUCGACCUCUAUCAGAGUUGGGGUCCUCUGUCCUCCACUAGAUUCUCAAGUCAGUUUAAAAGACAGAGACCUGAAGGACUUCCUACUUCCAGUCUACAAAGUGUGUCCUCAAAGCAGGCCCAGUCAGGGUAACGAGCAGAGCCAUGGGGGUGGGGGCGGGUGCAGAAAGAAGGCAAUAAGGUGAGGACCGUACCAGACUCUGCCAAGAAAGACCCCCUUUCUGCUCUCUGUGCCCCUGAACAAGCCCUCCUCACAGGGUGAGGAGAUGGUAGGCUAUAGGCACACCCGGACAGGGCUACAUCAGGUGUGUGCACGAUUUAUCUCCUGCUGUGGGAAGGAGCCAGGAUGAGAAGAGAAGAGUGAGCUUAGGGGCCCAAUGUGUCCGACCAGUCCUCAGAGGGCAGCUGGCAAGACAGGAAUGGGCCAGGGCUGUAGUAGAGACAAUGCCCAUGUCAAGCAAAGGAGGAGGGAGCCAGAGCCAGUGGGUUUUAUGGCCAGUCUGAGCCCUAGUGAAAAUGCAGAGGGCAGGUUGGGCAGGCGCCUCUUAGACAAAGGCAGGGUGGGCAGGGCAGUCAGGGAGUCGUUUGUGGCAAAGCCAGCCUCAGUCGAGCCCCAAGUCACCCAAGAAUGGGUGGCCCAUGUGUCCCCGACACACUUGGUCACUGGUAGGGAACAACCCGUGGGCCAACGCAAAGACUGAUUCCAAAGCUAGCGCAGCACAGGGUGCCUAGAGCAGCAGGGUUGUCGGGAACUAAGAAUUCACAUCAGAACCACAGCCAGGACCUGCACCAGCUCUGUCCACAUGGAGGGCUGCAGUGCUGGAUUCUCGAAAUGGCCUGAGAAAUUUCCUACAACCUUGGCUUUACAGGACAUUAUAAAAUUGUGUCUUGCGGUCACCAAACAGUACAU